AUGCCCACAUCGACCGAGACUAUCAACGAUAUGGGCGAGAUUUCCAACAUGGAUGAGAUGUAUGGGAUGAACGAGAUGGACAAGAUGGCCGAGCUGCUGGAAAUCAGGAUCCCCCUGACCUCUGCCGAGCUCAUGAGACUCUUGCUCGCCGAGGCCGAGGACCGCGAAAUCGACCUGGGCGAGACCCACUGCAAGUCGUUUGAAGAGGUGCUCCCUGCUCUCGGGUACACAGCGGAGACGGUCCCAAAGUUCCGCGACCAAGCUCCGGACGUCGAUCUUGCUGGUACGACGGACUACGCCACUCCGUCGUCGUCAUCUACUCCGACCCCUCCUCCGCUUUCGUUGCCUGCCCAGGGCGCCGUCAUUGUUGAAACCCGCGAGUGUCGCCACGACGGAUGCGACAGGGUCGGCCCCGUUGCCACCAUCGCCAAGCACGAGGGCAGGCCUCAUGUGGAUUGCACCGUGCCGCUGUGCGGCGCACGCACCUCGGUCCUCCCUCGCCACCUUGCCACGGCGCACACCGAACUCGAACGCAUCCCCCCUCGCAUGUCGCGGCCUCUCCAGCCCCUCGAGUGGGAGAUUUUGGACAUGGUAUGGGUGACCCGGGGCAGCUUCCGCGGCUUUCUCCCAGUCAUCCAGAAUCUCAUGCCCGACCUCACUGUCGCCCAGAUCCACACCAUCAUCGAGAAGCACCAGAACCGGUGGCUCACCAUGGACUGUGCGGCUCUGCGUCCCCGCCUCGAGGAGAUGCUCGCUUCCCUUCCACGGGUGUAA